UUAGCUGUUCUCCCCAGAGAGCUAAUGGAGGAAAGCUGCUCAAACGCUCUGUCCCUCUCUGCUCAGGAUAUUGGGGUUCAGCUUCCUGGGUCAGAUGCUGUAGCCUCCAUUGUGAUCUGGGAGACCAGGCUUAGCAGCUGCUGCUCCCCCGGCAGGGUUCUGUGCUGGGAAGUGACCUUAAUUAAAGCUUCUUCUCUGCCCGGCCCGGGGGACGACUUUCUGCAGCUGGUACUGGCAGACCUGGGCUCUUUUAAUACAAAUUCUGAGCCACAGACUCCAGGCUGCAGAAUAACGUCCAUGUUUCAGUCAACCUCAUCCCAUCCUCCCAUGGGACAUAGGAGAGAAAUGGCUGCAGAGGAGUCAGUCCAGGGGCCAGUGACCUUCGAGGAGGUGGCUGUGUAUUUCACCAGGGAAGAGUGGACUCUGCUAGACCCCACUCAGAGAGCCUUCUACAGGGAUGUCAUGCAGGAGAACUAUGAGAAUGUGACCUCGCUGGCAGGGUUUCCAGUUUCCCAACCUGAUGUGAUCUCCCAGCUGGAACAAGGGGAAGAGUCAUGGGUCCCAAACCUCCAGGGUUCUGAGAAAAGAGAGAUCCUGAGAGUUCCCUGCACAGCAGGUGAUGCAAUGGUAUGUGAGAAAGAGAAGCAGAAUUCUCAGGAGGAAAAUGUUGAGCAAGUGGAUAAACACAGAGAAUUAUCGCAAAGAUCAAAAAGAAAUGUGUCAAAGAGUCAUGAGCAGGGAAAAUCAUGUGAGACUCAGCACACACCAAAAAGAGAGCAGGGAAACCAGCCAGGAGAGAAAAUGGGUAAAUUUAUUUCCUGUUGGGGAACUCAGAAGAGCAUCAAGGAAACCACAACACAGCAGAAAUUCCUCAUGGGAAAGAGGGAAAAUACAUGCAGUGAUUGUGGGAAAAACUUCACUCGAAGAUCAGCCCUUUCUGUUCAUCAGAGAAUCCACACAGGCGAGAGGCCCUAUGAAUGCAGUGAGUGUGGGAAAUGCUUCACUAGCAGUUCAAACCUUUCUAAACAUCAGAGAAUCCACACAGGGGAGAGGCCCUUUGAAUGCCUUGAGUGUGGAAAAUGCUUCACUAAGAGCUCAGCCGUUUCUGAACAUCAGAGAAUCCACACAAGGGAGAGGCCCUUUGAAUGCAGUGAGUGUGGGAAAAACUUCAGUUGCAGCUCACAUCUUAUUAGGCAUCAGACAGUCCACACAGGGGAGAGGCCCUAUGAAUGCAGUGAGUGUGGGAAAACCUUCAGUUGCAGCUCACAUCUUAUUAGGCAUCAGACAGUCCACACAGGGGAGUGCCCCUAUGAAUGCAGUAAGUGUGGGAAAACCUUCAAUCGCAGCUCACACCUUAUUAGACAUCAGACAGUCCACACAGGGGAGAGGCCCUGUGAGUGCUGUGAGUGUGGGAAAACCUUCAGUUGCAGCUCGCACCUUAUUAGACAUCGGAAAAUCCACACAGGGGAGAGAACCUAUGAAAGCAGUGAGUGUGGGAACACCUUAAGGCCCAAAGAAAUUUUGUGAAACUCCACUUCCUAGUUCAGUGUGUCUCAUUACUGUUCCAGUGGAUGCCAGGGUUAGAUUGAGAACAAUCAUCCUUCACUGUUUGGAUCCAAAGAGAGGGCGCUUCAUAGGACGUUCCUUCCCCGUGGAUCCCAAACUGGCUGCCUGAGUGGGUAACAAGGACUUCCAGGCUGUAGAAAUGAUGGUAACCAAUGAGGCAACAAAUGUGUCAAGCUCCAGUUUCAGACUUCUGGAUACUCACAUGUUGAGUUCUGAUUCUAAGGUUUUGUGUCUGAUGCUCUGGCUACACAAUUAAGCUGAUGUUGGUGCAGCUGUAGCACUGCUAUUA